AUGGCGAUCCACUAUCUCAUCCUCCUCUCCCGGCAAGGCAAAGUCCGGCUGGCCAAGUGGUUCAGCACCCUCUCUCCCCGCGAAAAGGCCAAGAUCGUCAAGGAUGUCACCCAGCUCGUCCUCGCUCGCCGCACGCGCAUGUGCAACUUUCUCGAGUACAAGGACACCAAGAUCGUCUACCGUCGCUACGCAUCCCUCUUCUUCAUCACCGGCUGCUCCUCCGACGACAACGAGCUGAUCACGCUCGAGAUCAUCCACCGCUACGUCGAGCAGAUGGAUAAGUACUACGGCAACGUCUGCGAAUUGGACAUCAUCUUCUCCUUCACCAAGGCCUACUACAUCCUCGACGAAUUGCUCUUGGCCGGCGAGCUGCAGGAGAGCAGCAAGAAGAACGUGCUGCGCUGCAUCGGCCAGCAAGACUCCCUCGAGGACAUGGAGGUUGAGGACGAAGUCACAAAAAUAAUGAUGCGGAACGAAUCAGGGGUGCUCUUCAGGAAAACGGCCUUUACUGAGCGUGGCCGUCGAGCCAAGACGGACAAUCCAGGGCGAACAAGCAAAAGCGAGAUGGGCAAAGACAAGACAUGGCCAGGAUACAACGGCAAGGAAAUAGCGGCAAGCAGCGAUGCUACAAUUGCGCCGACAUAG